GUGAGCCGCUGCAGCUGCCGCUGGCGUCUCAGGGGUUGCAGGCUGCAGGCGGACGCAACGCUGUGCGAUUCCGAAGCCCAGUUACGCCAGGCCGCCCGGCCCUGGCCCCCAGCGGGCGUCGCUGCUCCUUGUCGCCUUGACGCCUGGCCCAGCGCCGCUGCGCAGGACUACCUGUGCCCGUUAAGUUGGGAGCGCACUCUGCGCCUGGGGAAACUUUACCCCGCGGCCGAGGCUCUGCCAGAGUUGCCCUGAAGCUGUCAUCAGGAGACUUCAAAAGAAUCUCUCAGUUCCUUCCCAGAAGGCAAAAGGACAACUGGAAGAGGACAAGCUGGACUGCUGAGAGACAUCCCUGACCCCCACUAACUAGGAGACUUCAUCCUCCCGACUCCUUCCUGGAGAGCUGCCCAGGUGAAGAACCAUGGAGGGCGACUGUCUGAGCUGCAUGAAGUAUCUGAUGUUUGUUUUCAAUUUCUUCGUAUUUCUGGGAGGUGCUUGCCUGCUGGGCGUUGGCAUCUGGGUCCUGGUGGAUCCCACCGGCUUCCGAGAGAUCGUGGCUACCAACCCCCUGCUGACGACCGGCGCCUACAUCGUACUGGCCAUGGGUGGUCUGCUGUUUCUUCUGGGCUUCCUGGGCUGCUGCGGGGCUGUCCGAGAGAACAGGUGUCUGCUGCUAUUUUUUUUCCUGUUUAUCCUGAUCAUCUUCCUGGUAGAGCUCUCAGCAGCCAUCCUGGCCUUCAUCUUCAGGGAACACCUCACCCGAGAGUUCUUCACCAAGGAGCUUACCAAGCACUACCAAGGCGAUAAUGACACGGACGUUUUCUCUGCCACCUGGAAUUCGGUCAUGAUCACAUUUGGCUGCUGUGGGGUCAACGGACCUGAAGACUUCAAGCUGGCCUCGGUGUUUCGGCUGCUGACGCUGGACACGGAGGAGGUGCCCAAGGCCUGCUGUCGGAGGGAACCCCAGACUCGAGAUGGGGUGGUGCUGAGCAGGGAGGAGUGCCAGCUAGGGAGGAGUCCGUUCAUUAACAAGCAGGGCUGUUACACAGUGAUCCUCAACACCUUCGAAACCUAUGUCUACCUGGCCGGAGCCUUUGCCAUUGGGGUUCUGGCUAUCGAGAUCUUCCUCAUGAUCUUUGCCAUGUGCCUCUUUCGGGGCAUCCAGUAGGCCUUAGCCUGAAGACACUCAGCCCACCACUGCCCAGAAAUCAGCCCCAUCCCUUCCCUGUCCUCUGGCCCCAGGGGAGGAAGCAAGGCCAGCCCAAAUGGCCAGGAGCAUAGAGCUAAUUUUUUUAAGAAAACAAAACAAAACAAAGAAGGCAUGAACUGAAGGGGCCUCACCUAGGCUCUAAGGCUAGGAGCAUGGGCUCUACAAGGACCUAGGGCUGGCCUGGGACCUGCUGUUCCUGAGAGCAAAGGUUCAUCAGCCUCUGCACCCCUUGGCCCUGUCAGACUGGAGUGCCCCCUUGGCCUGGGUCCCCUCUCUUAGCAUUUCUAGGUUCUGUGUAACCAGGAGACAGAAACACAUCCUGGAGGAGGAGCCAAUGUUCAGGCCCUAAGGAGGCGAGGGCUUCUCACAACACAAGGACAGACUCUGCAGCACCAUCUACUGGAGAGUGACGCUGUCCCUGCUCCUGGCUGGCUGAGGGUGGCUGUGUGUGGACACUGGAUCAGAAGGUGGCUCUUUCGUUUCCUCAUAUUUUGGAUCAAAGCCUCUUCAUGGCCUAGAAAAGGGCGGUGGCCUGUCCACAGUCACACAGCAUGUGCCUGACCAGGUCCUCUCCAGGCUGCUGUCACUCCAGCCGGGACUCCACCCCAAUGCAAGCUGGCCAGGAACUGCCCGCACCAAGCACUACAGCUGAGGAAAGUCCAUACUGUGUCCGCUCUGCCCUGCUUGUACCUCUGUCAGAGAGCCAACUGUGACCCGUCACCUGUCCCCGCGGGCCGUACCCCUUCCCCGUUCUCCCAGGUGGAAGACACCCCCCACACACACAUGGUUCAUUUCUCGUUCUUCCCAGAGCUGAGGCUGGAAUGUGUCCUUCAAGGUCCCUGCCAGGAAUCCACCCCUUGCGGUCCUCCACAUACGGAAGGAGCUCACUACCUCCCAAUGCAGCCUCCUGCCUUCAGAUGCUCUGACGUCACCACCACCUCAGCAGACAGAGGGGUUUCCAUCUUUCCAUCUGUGUACCCCCUUCACUCCUUCCCAGAGGUUAACGUCAUGCCUCUUGUCUGCAGACUUAACCCCACAGCAUCUCCUACCAUGACACUUUCUGACCUUUUGCUGUAUAUGUAUUUGGUUAUUCUCUCUAAGCUCAGAUUACCCAGACUAACAGGUUCACAACCAACCAACCAACCAACACACACACACACACACACACACACACACACACACACACACACACGUCUUGAACUGCAGACUAGGUUAGCAACUAGUUGCAAGAUGCCUGAUCCUGCCAGGACCAUGUUGAAUCCAGGAUCUCAAGUUUGAUUGAUUAUGUCUGCCAAGGGUACAGCAAGGGGCAGUGGUGGAAGGAACAGCUAGGUGCCUGCUCUUCUCUCUCAGAUGGAAGAGCCUGACGUGAACUCCAGCCUCCCUUUGCCUUCCUGACACCUGAGAGUCAUAGCCACCGCCUGUUCUAUGCUGCUGUCUAGGUUCAAGGGGCUACUUCUCCCAUUUCCUCUCCUCUUCAUGUGGUCCUCACCCAUCCUGGCCUUCCUGAGGGUCUCUUGAGUGUCAUACGGAAGUUGUCUUUAUGACACCUUACUUGGUACCCCAAUCAGUGAAGCUGUGAGCAUCCUAGAGCCUGAGUCACCUGAUCAAGGGACCCCUUUACUGGCUUUCACCCCAGACUAAGAGGACCCCAGGCUGACUCAGAACCCAGCACGUACUGGACUCCAACUGUCCAGGAAGGCAAAUGGCUCAGCUGCUUAUUGGCGGCUCAUGACCAGGCUGAGGACAGAGCCCAACCACAGCGGCUGCCACCCAGAACUGGCCCAGGCUUCCAGAGACAGGCAGGGAUGGGACAGAGAGGGCUAGGAGCCAUAUAUCGAGCCUAGGCAUUUCCAGGGUCGAUCAGAGCCUCUCACCAGAACUUUCCACACUUAUGCUGAAGCGCUCCCAAGGAGCCCAGAUGCAGUCCAGCUCCUCAGCAUCCUCAUGGGACCAGGCAGACAGUCUUCACCCUCUGAGGUGGCUAGUACAAGGCUGUCCGAGGUCAUCGACGUCCUACUGGGGCUUGGUGAGCUGCUCUGUGUACUCCCAGGGGAGGAGAGGGGAGCUCUCCCGAGGGGAGUCCUUCCUUUACCUCUCACCCCAAGACCAACAGCCUCACCUAGAUGCUGAGACCCUCGCCCAGUAGUGAGCAGAACAGCCCCUUCCUGUCUCAGAGCCACUUGCCUGAGGGACAGUUGUAUCUGACAGAUCAGGAGCUAAGACUGGAUCUGUGGCUCAGGCUCCUCAGCACCCUGUCCCGAGCCCCUGGCCUACCUAGGUUCUAAGCCCAUCACCUUCAUCCUCAGGAACUCUGUCAACACACACACACACACACACACACACACACACACCAUCAUAUGCUAAAGUCUAUUUUGGAAUUUGUAAAUGUCCCUUGCAGUAGGAAACAGAGCUAAUUUAUCAUUGUAUCUCCCAAGUCCCCCUUUUUAUAUUCUAUAUCAAGAGAAAUUUUGUAAUAUAAAACAGGACACCACA